GUGGCGCUGAUCGGCAGUUUGACAGCGGCGUCACUCCUUGUUGCAAAUGUUUUGUUUACUGUAAAAUAGCUCGCAAUCGGCAUGGCGAAAGCAGUGCGGGAAAUACACAAUAUCUGCCGAUUGUGCUUGUGCCAGGACGAGCAGCUGCUGAGACCAUUAACGAGUAAGCUGGACACCUUGCUUAAGAUAGAAGAUGUAGAACGAUUCACCGGAAUUAAGAUCAACGUAAAGGGAAACAUCUCAUACGCGAUCUGUUUCGCGUGCACACUGAAACUGACAGUGUCGGCCAAAUUUCGCCAAUGCUGCCUCAACAAUGAUGCCCUCUUUGAAGUGCUUUCCGGUGUACUGAUCGCUAGCACGGAGGGGUUACAAUCCGAAGAGGCUGUUGGUGAAAAAAGCGAUUCCCAGCAAACGAUCACCGAUGACGACGACGACGAUGACGAUUAUGAGUAUGAGCAAGUGUAUGAAGAGGAAGAUGAAUCGGUGUUCAAGCGCGCCGACGGUACGGGCCAGCAGGAGUACUCAUACACGCACCAGGAAGAGGAAAGUGAUAGCGAUACUUCGUACGUCGAGCCGGCCGACUACUCGGCGAACUACAUCGAUCCCGGCACACAGUCCGACAGCGAUGAGUGCGGCAACCCUGGUGCCGGGCCAAUCCUAUACAAAUGGUCAGUGGUCCAGCGGGCGGCAGCUGCGAGCACGGUCGAGCAUGACGACAGUUCAUCACAGGCGAGCGAAAUUUGUACGAUGCGCACGAGAAAGUCGUACAAACAGCAGCAGCUGUGUACCAUAUGCGGGAAGCUGGUGACCAGCCUGUCCGUGCACACCAACUCCGUGCACAAGCAGGCGCGGGUUCACGCCUGUCCGCACUGUCCGAUCGCCAUGACCAACAAAGGCAAUCUGGUCAAGCACGUGCGUGCGGUGCAUCUGAAGCUGCUCUGCGAACGGUGCAAACUGUGUGGCAAGGGUUACACGAAUAGGAAUUCGCUCAAAUCGCACAUGCUCGCCCAACACGGCAUCGGUGAGCGGGCAAAAUGUAAGCUGUGCCCAAAGCAGUUUAAUCAAAAAUCGGCCCUGCACGACCAUAUGAAGCGCAUUCACUCGAAUGUACGGCCCUUGGAGUGUGACAUCUGUGGCAAACAGUUCAAAGUGAGACGGGCGCUGCGAGUGCACAAGAGCGUCCACUCGGACGAGCAACCGUACGCGUGCGGCAAGUGUCCGAAGCGGUUCAAAAGUAGGCACGCGCGCAACAUCCACGAACGCACGCACAGCGGUGUGCUGUUUAAGUGUGACCUGUGUGGCAGAUCGUACCGCUACAAAUCGCUACUAAAUAUGCACCUGCGCAAGACGCACCCGGAGCUGGUGGCUGAGAAAGAGCAGGACGAGCAGCAGUUGGGCUAGGAAUAAAGGGUAAACCGAACAGAGAAAGGAAAAAAUAAAUGAGUCUAAAAUCGGAAAUCGCUUGCCCAAAACGUGCAGGUCGAAAUUGUA